GGCGGAAGAACACAGGACGAAUCAUUCGCGCUCAACUGCUGGGGAUCCCUGGCUUGUCAGUCAGCUUGGUGACGUCAUUCGGCCAUGGCUUCUGUGCUGGAGGAUCCUGCUUUGCAGCGUCAUUUCAGAGGACACAAAGAUGCUGUCUCAUGUGUUGACUUCAGUCCAGACAAUAAACAAAUUGCCUCAUCUUCAACAGAUGCAUGUGUCAUGAUAUGGAACUUAAAAGCUCAGUCACGUGCCUACAGGUUCCUUGGACACAAAGAAGCUGUCACAUGUGUGCAGUUUUCUCCUAAUGGACAGCUGGUGGCUUCAUCUUCUAGAGACAGAACAGUUAGACUUUGGGUCCCAAAUAUUAGAGGGGAGUCCACGUUAUUUAAAGCCCACAAUGCUGCUGUUCGGAGUGUUGACUUCUCAAGCGACGGCCAGUCCCUUCUUACUGCAUCUGAUGAUAAAUCAAUCAAAGCGUGGAGUGUGCAUAGACAGCGCUUCCUCUAUUCUCUCACACAGCACACAAACUGGGUACGAUGCGUAAGAUUUUCCCCCGAUGGUCGCUUGAUCACUUCUUGCAGUGAUGAUAAAACUGUCAGAAUCUGGGACUCGACCAAUAGACUUUGCAUUAAUACAUUCAUGGACUACAAAGGGCAUUCCAACUAUGUAGGUUUUAACCCCACAGGAACAUGUGUAGCAUCUGCUGGCUCUGACAGUACGGUCAAAGUCUGGGAUAUUCGAAUGAACAAACUGCUGCAACACUAUCAAGUUCACAGUGCUGGAGUUAAUUGUUUGUCAUUCCACCCAUCGGGAAACUACCUCAUUACUGCAUCUAGUGAUGGUACGGUUAAAGUGCUAGACCUUCUUGAGGGAAGACUUCUCUACACUCUUCAUGGCCACGAGGGUCCUGUCCUUUCUGUGGCUUUUUCCAGGCAUGGAGAGCAGUUUGCAACAGGAGGUACUGAUGCCCAGGUGUUGGUAUGGAAGACGAAUUUUGACAAAUUUACCAGUACGGAAGUUGUGAAGCUUCAACUUAAGAGAGCACACCCUGAAGCACCACCUCAUGUAAAUGACAUCUAUCCACGCUCUCCUCAUCUCCACACAAGCAGGGGACCCUCCAUUGAGAUUAAUCCUAUGUUUGAAGUUGCGGAUACACAGACCUUUGACCCAGCUGUUAUAGACGUUGAAUCUGACGUUUCUUCCACCAGAAAGCCCAGCUCAAUGAGAAGAGGACAGGCAGAAAAGUCAUCAGGAUAUGGCCAAACAAUCCUCCCCCCUUCCGUGAACAAUACACUGGAACAUAUUGUGAAUCAGCUAAAUGUAUUGACUCAGACGGUUUCAAUUCUGGAGCAACGACUGACUUUAACAGAAGAUAAGCUGAAAGAAUUCCUUGAAAAUCAACAGCAAAUUUCAGAUCCAGAGUGAAGUGUGUGUGUGUGUGUGUGUGUCUGUCUUA